CUUUCUUUCUCUCUCUCUAUCUAGGAAUCAUAAAUAGAUAGACACCAUGAUUACAUGGAACGAUCUCUACACAGUUCUAUCGGCGGUCAUUCCUCUUUACGUAGCCAUGUUCCUCGCUUACGGUUCCGUACGUUGGUGGAAGAUCUUCAGCCCCGAUCAAUGCGCCGGAAUCAACCGAUUCGUCGCUAUUUUCGCCGUCCCUUUACUUUCAUUCUUCUUCAUCUCCAGUAACAAUCCUUACACCAUGAAUUUCCGUUUCCUAGCUGCCGAUACUCUUCAGAAAGCCAUCAUGCUCGUUGUUCUCGGCAUUUGGGCUAUAUUCACAAAGUCUGGUAGCUUGGAAUGGCUCAUUACGAUCUUCUCUCUCUCUACUCUUCCGAAUACUCUUGUCAUGGGGAUACCAUUGUUAAGCGCUAUGUAUGGAAAAUAUGCAGGCGAACUUAUGGUUCAGAUUGUUGUUCUUCAGUGUAUAAUUUGGUAUACUCUGCUUCUAUUUCUGUUUGAAUAUCGUGGCGCGAAGACACUUAUAAUGGAGCAGUUUCCUGAGACAGCUGCAUCGAUUGUUUCAUUUAAGGUCGAUUCAGAUGUUGUCUCUCUUGAUGGACAGGAUUUUCUAGAGACAGAUGCGGCUAUUGGAAACGAUGGAAAACUUCAUGUUACUGUUAGGAAGUCCAACGCAUCUCGUCGGUCUUUCUCUGGUUUGACUCCUCGGCCUUCUAAUCUGACCGGUGCUGAGAUUUACAGUCUUAGUUCGUCUAGAAACCAGACGCCUCGAACAUCGAAUUUUAACCACUCGGAUUUCUACUCUAUGAUGGGAUUCCCCGGCGGUCGGUUGUCGAAUUUCGGUCCGGCUGAGAUGUAUUCAGUUCAAUCCUCACGAGGACCGACGCCACGACCUUCGAAUUUUGAAGAGAACUGUGCUGUCGGAGCUCAGGUUAUGAAUUCACCUAGAUUUGGAUUUUAUCCGGCUCAACCAGUUUCAGUUUCAGCUUCUUACCCGGCACCUAAUCCGGAAAUUGCUUCAACGAAGCCAGCGAAAACACAACCUCCGCCUCCAACAACCACUUCGAAGACUGAACAACCGAUUAUUUCCCAGAGCAAGCAAAAUCAUGAUGCUAAAGAGCUUCACAUGUUUGUAUGGAGCUCUAGCGCGUCACCGGUUUCAGAAGUCGGUGGUCUUCAUGUCUUCGGGAGUAACAACUUCAGCGCAGAUGAGCAAUCUGGAAGGUCCGAUCAUGGUGCAAAGGAGAUCAGGAUGAUGGUGGCUGAUCAUCCCCAAAAUGGCGAAAACAAUGGUUUAGCUGCUCCAGAAACGAUGGACAUUGGUAAGGAAGAGUUCAGUUUUGGGAACGAGGAAAGGGAAAAGGAAGGACCCACUGGGAUCUCGAAACUUGGGUCCAGCUCGACCACCGAGUUGCACCCUAAGGGCGUGGGUGCCCCGGAAGCUGGCGGGGGAAAACAUAUGCCCCCAGCCAGUGUAAUGACACGUCUGAUCUUGAUAAUGGUGUGGCGCAAGCUCAUCAGGAACCCAAACACUUACUCUAGCCUCAUUGGAGUCAUUUGGACUCUCAUUAGUUUUAGGUGGAAUCUUAAAAUGCCCAUAAUUAUUGAUAACUCAAUUCAUAUACUCUCGGAUGCUGGUCUUGGCAUGGCUAUGUUUAGCUUAGGUUUGUUUAUGGCACUUCAACCUAAAUUAAUAGCGUGUGGGAACACAAGGGCAACGUUCUCUAUGGCCGUGAGGUUUCUGAUUGGUCCAAUAGUAAUGGCUGCAGCUUCCAUCGCCAUUGGCCUUCGUGGAAAUCUCCUCCAUAUCGCCAUUGUACAGGCGGCACUUCCCCAAGGAAUCGUCCCAUUUGUUUUCGCUAAAGAGUACAAUGUGUAUCCUCAGAUCCUUAGCACAAUGGUUAUAUUUGGGAUGCUAAUUGCUCUGCCCAUUACACUUGUGUACUAUAUUAUUUUGGGAUUGUGAACUGCGGGAGGCGAGAAAUGGGAAAAAUUGUAAGCGAAGUUGGAGGGAAAGACUGAACUGGACUGGACUGACUAGCCUUAGUAAAUUAAGACAAUUUUUCGGAGAUGUAAAUUGUUCGAGUUUGUAAUUAACGCAGUGAUAAAGUCUUCCCUUCAAGAAUUUCAUUAGAUUGAUAAGAAAAGAAGCUACUGAGGAAGACAUGGUAUGGUGCAAGUGAAGGAAGACAAGAGUGAAAGAGACAAAGGAGUUUGUUUUGUUUGGCUAAUGGGAAUGUGAUAUAUAUAUGAAUGUCUGUUUUUCUGUCUGUUUUUAUUUUUAUUUUUAUUUUCUGUUUGUUUUUAUUUUUAUUCAUAUAUGAUUGUAAGUAUAAAGUCUUGUUUGGAUCAGGCUGUAGGAUUAAGAUUAGCUAGGGAGUGGAAUGUCAUUUUAACUUUCUAUUUUGUUUUGUUUAUCUCUAGUGUUGCCUUUUAAUAGUAACAAUAAUAAAAUAUACUACUACUAUAUAUAUAUAUCAUUUUCUA